GCACUUGGGCUGAACGACACAAUCACAAAGCUGGAGAUCCAUGCACUCGCAGAUGCACUGAAGUCCAACUGUACGAUCACCGACAUCAACCUCGAAUUCAACAGGAUCGGAGCCGAGGGCGCCAAGGCACUCGCAGAUGCCUUGAAGUCCAACUGUACGGUUAGCCGCAUCGACCUCUGCCACAACUGGAUCGGAGCCGAGGGCGCCAAGGCUCUCGCUGAUGCCUUGAAGUCCAACUGUACGCUCACCCACGUCUACCUCAAUAACAACACGAUCGGAACCGAGGGCUUCAAG